UAUUAUAUACAAACUUCAAUCAUGCAUGUUAAUAUAAAGUAUAAUCAAGUACGAUAUUAAAUCUUUCUUUUCUCUCGAAAUUAAGAAUACAUUUCAUUUUGGUGGGAUUUUCUGCACACAAUGAGCCCACCGGAAAAAAAUGAAGUGAGUGACAGGAAGAAAAAAUAUCGCAAGAAAAGAAAAAAAUACGACAAAGAAAUUGAUGAACAGGACGAAAUAAUUGGUAAAGCGCUGGACAAAAUGAUGGAAGUUGAAUUUAACAAACCGCCAAGAAGCAGUAGAGAUAACUCGUCAGAAGACAACGUCAGUUCGUCUGGUGAUAAUGACGACGACGUGAUAAGUGUUCCGUCAGAAGGGACAGCAUCUGUGAUAAGUGAGAAGGGGGACGAAGAAUCAGAAGACAGUCCUGAAAAGGAUUUGGAAGUUGUCUCUUCUUCUUCUGACCCCUCUGACACUCAAGUUGUUCGUUUUGAUAGUGAUGACGUAAGCGAUGAUUCCAGCUUUGACGCUCCAGCUCUAAUGGAAGCGAAUCAUUUAUACGACACUCAAGAAGAAAAUGUGAAAAGAAAACCAACAGAUGGUGAAAGAUUCCAGAAACAGACUCCGCAGACAUCCGCAUCUAACACGCCCAAACUAAAACAUAGACCCAACUCAGAUUUGAAAUCUAAAAGACCACCGUCCGGUCGAAGAGGUCUUCAAGGAAAGACAUAUAACAGCGGUCACAAUAACAAAUAUGAUAUUUUUUCCGAAGUAGCAGAAAAACAAACGUCUAACAACAUGUCAACACCUGGAAAAACCAGGCCUUUAUCUGGAAAUAUUGUCACUCAUGCAAUUCAAGUUAAAGCUGAAAAAGAAGGAAUUCAAAAUGACUCAGAACAUUUAUUAAAGUCUGGCAAAACGAGGCCGCCUUCUGGUAAAACGAGAACUAUUGGAGAAAAUAACCAAAAGGAAAAGGAAAAGCGACCGCCUUCUGGAAUUAACAGACCCGUUUCAGGAAAAGAAAGGCCUUCAUCAGCCGUCAACCGAAAAAGUAUACCUUCACGGAAAGAUAGUCUAUUGUCCCUGCAUGGUGGUUCAUCUCAUGAAGAUGAAGGGUUAUACGGAAAAGCCGAAGAUGAAGAUCUUGAACGAAAAUUUAUGACACCAAAACGAGGGAGAACACCCUCUGUCACAGAUACAAAAAAAGAUGAAACCUUCCUGGGUCUAGAUUCCAUGCCUCGUACACCACCAACUAAACUAAUGGAUGAAGCAAAAACUAUGGAAACGAAAGCACAAUACGAAAAAAAUGCACCAUUACCACCUGUUCGAACCUCAUCUCGAGCAUCUUUAAAACAUCGCAAGUCAUCUGACCUUACUGCGGAAGUCUUACCUCCAAUUAAUGUUGGACGAACACAUGACAAGAAUGUAGAAAAACGUCCAACACCAACUGAGACAACCUCUCUAGUAGAAGAAAGCGCACCAGCAUUGGAGCAGUUGGAUUCAUCAACAACACAAAAUGCACCUUCUGGAAUUUCAUCAAACACAGUUCCUUUAUCAGACGCAAGAGAUGUUUCAAUACCACAAGCAAGUUCAACAACGUCGGAUAAAAAGCGUCCAGCAUCAGAUGUAAAUAGGCCGUCGUCGGAAAAGAAACGUUCAACGUCGUCGAAUUCAACAACAGUUCGUCCGACGUCUACGGAAUAUGGAGCAGGCGAUUACACCAGCACUGUAACAUAUGAGAAAAGGAAAAAAGUUGAAGAAGACAUCCCUUCAAAUGGUUUACCACAGGACGAUUACUCAGAGGGAAGUGAUGACGAGUUGAAAAGAGUAAUGACACGUAUAGACAACGUAUAUGAUCCUUUAGGGUCAAUACCAGAAUUAAAAAAUGACAAAAAUAAUUCUUCUUCAAAUGAAGUAAAGAAAAAAGAAUCUCCGCAUAACCAACCUAUAAAUGAACCAGUAGAAAUCAUGAGCUCGGAAGGGUAUAGUAAUAGCCCGCCAGCCAAUGAUGAAGCAAAAGCGUUAGAAAACGAUGCGAAAAUUAACAGAAACAAUUCAGGUUUUUUUGAAACCACAAACACAACAAACGAGGAGACAAAUGAAGAAAAAACAGCUGAAGAGAAUGAAGAUAAACCAAACAUUCUUUCUAGUGUGAUCAGCUUAAAAACAAACCACGAAAAUGAUACCAUCGAAAGUGGUGUCGACAAUAACGGCUUUAUAGAUGAUGAACUAACCCAGCCUGCAUUUGAAACGACCACCUUACCAGGUGAGAAUAUAGAACCGCUACCGGAGGACGGUCCAUCUGAAGCAUUUCCUGAUGGUGCAAUGAAGAAUGGUCGUGAUGAAUUUGGAAUAGGAGAAGGAAGUUAUUUUACUGGUAGUCCGUUCAGUGGAGCUUCAGAGGAGGAGGGACCACAUAUAGAACUGCCGCGAAAGCCAAAAUGGCACCCACCAUGGCAAUUAAAACAAGAAAUCUUAGCACAUACGGAUGCCAUCCCAGUGCUUAUAAUAGACCCAACUAAUCGAUGGUUUGCAACAGGUUCAUCAGAUAAAACAGUCAGAAUGUGGGACAUCAAUAACGGAAGACGGAAACUUGUUAUAAAAGCUCACAAACAAGCAGUACGCGCAAUGACUUUCGGGAUAGCUGGGCAUCGUCACCUUUACACGUCUGCCGAUGACAGACAACUAUAUUGUCAUGAUGUAGAAAUAAACAGAAUCACAAACACAUUCAAGGGGCAAGCAGCAGUGAUAUACAGCAUGUGUAUGUACCCUCCAUCGCAUCUCCUAAUUACCGGCGGACGAGAUAAACUCGUCAAGCUGUACGAUACAAGAACAACAAAAUGUGUCAAGACACUACGUGGACAUCAAAACACAGCCUCGUGUGUUGUAGCAGCUGAACAAACGAGACAAAUUGUCUCAGGGAGUCAUGAUGGAACGCUUCGAGUGUGGGAUAUUGGCGAAGGAAGGUGCAUUAAAGUUUUACAAGGACACAACAAAAGUGUCCGAGCCUUGGCGCAGCAUCCUGAAGGGGCUACUGUUUUAUCCGCAUCAAGUGAACGAAUAAUUGCAUGGGAAUUACCAACAGGUGAUAUGAUCCAGGAGAUUCAAGCAGAGGAUAUCGCCAUCAACUCUGUAACAAUAAAUCACCAUGGUGUUACUGUAGCUGGAGGUUCAAAUGGUGUUAUUCAUAUGUGGGAUUUCAAUUCCGGCCAUAGAUUUCAAAAAAUCAAUCGAAGUAAAGUUUACGACUCCCAAGAAGUUCCAAUUUGUGUUUUCGCUACAAAGUUUGAUCACACUGGCACGAAGCUAAUUUGUUCUGACGCUUGUAACGUUGUGAAAGUAUACAGGGAAGCGUACACAAGGGUAAGACCUAACUUAGAUGUUAGGUAUGUGCAACCAAGCAUGGAAAUUCCGUUGGGCAAAAACUACCAGCGCUGAGGAUGAUUGGUGGUGUGAAUCUAGUUAAUACUGCAUGCGCAUGCGUCAGAGUUGUUUACUUACGCGCUCACGCACGCUCAGGCCUAUAUUCUUAUUUAUUUUAGCGACAAAUAUCUCCAGGGAGUUCGUACUUGGAAGUUUCAAAUGAUUUUAGAAAAAUUAAAAACCGAAGUAAAAAAAAAAAAAAAUAAGGAAAUUAACAGCUACCUUUGGGAAAGGAAAUUUUUGCGGAACUUAUUUUUGCGAUUUGCGAUUAAAAUCACAAGUAAAAAAUGUUACUUUGACACAUACAUCAUACACGCAUACAUAUAAAAACCGCUCUUGUUUUAGGUGGCACGCCGAUAUCAACCUAACACCGAGACUAAAAGUCGAAGAAAUACUUUAAUAUCUAUUCCUGCAGCUGUUGGGUUUAGUCGAAAUCCAAGCAAAUCAUCGCUGAUUGGAAAUAACAUUAUUUGAAUGUUUGUAUUUUUUAUAAAUGUCCAAACUGUAAGAAGAAGAAGCUGCUAUCUUUCCCAAA